CCACAGGAGGGACGUCAAAUGCUAACAUAAAUAAUAGAAAGAUUUUUGGGGUGUUUGAUAUUUUUGAGCUUGAUAUUAUCGGGUUUGGUAUUUUAUACAUGUUACCCCACGUGGUUCCACCAAAUAUAAACGUCUUUAAAGGAGCACAAUUAUUUUAUGAUAAAGAUCAAGAUAUUUUUGUACCAAAAGCUGGUGUUCAACAACAAAAUUUUGAUGAUGAUUAUGAAAAUCUUGUUCAUUCUUGUGAAAAAUCUUCAUCAAGUGAAUCAUCAAUUAUUUCAGAGAAAGGAGGUUCUUUGCCUUGUGAUGAUAAUUCUAUUGAAGAUUUGUGUGGAAAUGAUGAUGAUUUUGGUUAA